AUGUGGCUCAGUGCAUUCGUUGCAGUUGAGCAUGGUUUAAUGGUAUAUUCCGAUGGAAAAACGAAUAUCACUCGAUGGCGAUCCUUUAUUAGUAUUAUAUUUAUGUUUGCAAUAGCUGUUGCAUCUGGUACACCAAUGAUCGUGUACAAUUGUGACUGGAAUUCUUUACCACGUUUGAAAAUGCUUCGUGGUUUUUUCAAUUAUUAUUAUCCUAUUACAGGCUUUCUGAUUUAUGUACUAGCAGCUGUGUUGAUCUCAAUUAGUUUGAAACGUCGUAUACACCAAUAUGGUACCGAGAAUGGUUCAUUCAUAAAAACAUUUCUCAAACUAUUAUAUUUGCAUUCCUUCGUUUUUGUACCAAUGAUUGCCUAUAUCGUCAGCUAUAUUCCCUAUACUAUUGUCAUAAAUAUGAAAAAUUCUAAUCAAUCGUAUUUUCAAUGUGGAAUUUCAACUGGAGAAUUUAUUAUAAAAGUCUUAAUAGAAACACUGCAAGGAAUACCAACUGUUCUUACGUGGUUACUAUUCGUUUAUCCAUCGAAAGAAUAUAUGGCCGAAUUUUAUACGAAUACAUGGUCCGGACAGCGUUUAGCUAAAAUUCUUAUCUUCUUCAAAGGAAAUAGUGAUAGAGAAAAGCAUCCUUCUCUUUCUAAUAAAGACUAUAUACAUAAUGAACACAAUGAUACAGAGCUAACCCAUACAAAUAUUUAA